AUGGCAGCCUCAACGUCAACACCAUAUGACAUACUUCGAGUAAAAAAGGGUAGCACUGAAUAUCAAGUGCGCGUAGCAUAUCGUGCAAGAAUUCAUGAGUACACACAAGAUCGACUUAAGGCGUCUGGAAAGCGUACAAUUACAGCUGAAGAUUUUCGACUUAUUUGCCGCUCUUAUGAAAUAUUAUCCGAUCGUGAUAAGCAUAAAAAAUAUGAUGAAACUGGAAAAUGGGAGUCAGAGUUACCUUUUUCACAAUAUACAUUACAGCAAUUAGCUGCUGAACCUGAACUUGCAGAACAAUUAAAAUCCCGUUUACAAAAAGGGUCACUGAGAAUGAUGGAUGCUAGAGAUCUAAACGCAGGACAUACAACACUAUAUUGUGCAGCACGUGCUUGUAAUUUAGACGCUGUCUACUAUUUAGCAGAACAAGGUGCAAACCCUGAUCUAGCCCAGAGAGGAGGCAGUACGGCUCUACAUGUAUGUUCAUUUUAUGGACAUCCAGAAAUGGUUCGUUGUUUAUUGGAAAGUGGAGCUGAUUAUCGAAAAAAAAACAGUGGUGGCAGUACACCAGAAGAUGAAUGUUAUAAUGGUGAUGUGAGACAAGUGUUUAUCGAGUUGAAAGAAAAACAUUAUGUACAAACAGCUGCAGAUCAACUUGAUUGGCUUAAGAAGAAUAUCAAUUCUGUUAAACAUAUCGAUGAAGAAUAUCAUGUACAACGACAAACAUUACUACAGUGUGCUAGCAAAAAGGGUUAUCUAGAUAUUGUUCGCUGGUUAAUAGAAAGCUGCAACGCUAAUAUAGAUCUUGUUGAUGUUAAUUUAAAUUCAGCUUUGCACCUUGCUGCCUAUGGUGGCCAUGAAGCAGUUGUUGAAUAUCUUCUUGAUCGUGGUGCUAACCCACUUUUACUAAACAAAUGGUGUAUGACAGCUGAAAAAGAAGGUGCUUUUCACCCAGAAAAAAUUCCGAAUCUAUUUGAAUUAAUGCGUAAACGAAAUAUGUAUGAUAUGGCUGCUAAAGGAGUCGCUUGGUGGUUCCAAUACUAUUUUGGUGAUAAAUCACCGAAUGAAGUCAAUGAUAAAGGCAUAAAUUUACUCUAUGUUGCGUGUCGGCAUGGCAAAAAUGAAGUUGCAGAAUGGCUUUUAAACAAAGGAGCCGAUGUUAAUUUAAAACUUUUAUAUGACUCACAAAGUACACCAUUACAUGGUGCUGUCUAUAAUGGGCAUAUUUCAACUGUUGAAUUAUUAUUAGCACAUGGAGCUAAUGUCAGUUUAAAAAAUUUUCAUGGCUCAACUCCUAUUGAUGAUGCAAAAUCGGACGAAAUGACAAAACUUUUAAGACGAUAUCGAACUGAUUUGGAGGAGAAUAAAUUUUUUUCUGUAUAUUUAUAUGGUGAUGGUAAAACGACUGGUGAUAAACCAUUAGCAACAUUACAAUUAACUUGCGAUGCUUCAUAUAACAAUCUUGUUGCAGCAAUGCCUGAUGAAAUGCGAAAAACGUACACAAAUUUUUCUAUGGCUCGACGUCCAUUAAAUUUUGAUCAAGAUGGUAUAACAAUUGUAUCGGCUGCAUGUCGUGCUCGAUAUGUAAAUACGAAAUUCAUUCAGUUGCCUCUAUGUCUAACAGCACAUGAAAGAUCACGCUAUGGUAAUAGUGGUUACGUCUUUCGUCAAGAACCUCCUAAUCAUAAUACACGUGAUGUUCAUGGGAAAUUUUUAUCAAAAUGUGAAAGUUCAUCAAUGAAAAUUCGUGGUCAAUUGGCUGAAAAGCAAAACUUUAUAUUUGGAGACCUAUCCUUUACGUUUCCCGAGAAUUGUGCUAAUGAAGAUCUUGCAAUUAACAUUGAUUACAUCAUAUCGCCAGAUUACGAUUUAUUCAAGUUACAAGAAUGUGUUUGCUUUUUUAUAACAAAAUAUAAAGAUUCCAAAGUUAACCUAAACGACAUGCCGAUAGUAUCAUACAAUGGUGAGCCACACGCUCGACUUUAUAAUUGGGUAUCACCAACGCCUUAUUGGUUUACAUAUAGAACACGCCAAACACGUUUAAUUGCAAUAGGUGAAACGCAUGCGUUUGUGCGCCACGUUGAAAUUAUUCCUUCUCAAUUAAGUCUGCCACCAGAUAUGUUUAUUCCGGGUGGUAUCGGAAGACCAUUGAAAAUCCGUGAUACGCCUGUUUAUUGUAAAUGUUUAAAAAUUCGUGAACACAACAAAGCCGAGUUCCCUCAUGUUGCUUAUCAUGGAACAAAUAUAAAAGCUAUAGAAUCAAUUCUUAUGGAUGGAAUUGUUAUGCCAAGUACGGUAGUGUGUAGUGGAUUACGUGUUUGUCCACCGAACAAUCAUAUUGCACGAGGAGUAAAAGCUUUCGGUGUCGAGGAUUUUUCAAAUGGAAUAUUUGUUACACCAAGUAUACACUAUUGCUCAGAUCCAGCCUACGGAGUUCAAUUUCAACAUGAUGAUGAAUCUCUUAUAGCAGUAUUGGAGUGUACUGUAAAAGAUAAAUCAUUCACACGUUAUAAAUGUACUGUACCGAAUUACGUUGCACACCCAGACGAUGACAUUAAUAACAUCGAAUGGCGUCUGUCAAAUCCAGCCGAACUUGAAAUCAUAUCUGUACUUUUUAUUCCAUUGGUAACAUCAAUCACUGAAACAGCACAAGCGAGAGCUAAGAAAUUCGCUGUUGAUAAAUAG